AGUCCCUUGCCAGCGAGUCCCUGUUCUGUCCGCCGUAUUAAGGUUCAUAACAACGAUAUCCAUGCAGGAAAACUACGCGUGGGAUUCUAGCCAGGUCCUCCUAACUGUUAUGCUGGAAUACCUGGUAUGCAUGGAAAGCCUGGGUCCCCUGGGAUACCAGGACGUGACGGCCGAGAUGGACGUGAAGGAGUCAAAGGUGAUCAGGGUAGUCCAGGGAAGUCUGGACCUCAAGGACCCCCAGGCCCUAGAGGAACUCCGGGCGCCAAAGGAGAACCUGGAGUACAGUGUCCUUCUUACCAAAGAGGGCAGCGUGGAGAAAGUGGAACUUCUGGUGUGAUGUCUUUUAAGAACUGGAAAGAGUGUUCGUGGAGUAACUUGAAUGAAGGAAAAGAUAUCGGCCUCAUCAAGGAGUGUUUGUUUACUAAGAACUUCUCUGACACAUCUCUACGUGUUUCCUGGACUGGGACUCUUCGAGUUGAGGGCUGCACCGGCUGCUGCAAACGCUGGUAUUUCACUUUCAACGGCGCUGAAUGUUCAGGUCCCCUACCAGUUGAUGGUGUUGUGUACCCGGGUGGUGCUAGCCAUCAAAAUCCUCACCGUGUCCGCCAUAUUGAGGGUCACUGUACCAACAUCCAUGAAGGCAAGGUGCGCGUGGGAUUCUGGGUCGGUAACUGUCAAGGAUAUGGAAACCAUGACGCCUAUACUGGUUGGAAGGCAGUGUCGCGGAUCUAUGUUGAGGAAGUUCCCAAACCACAAGCUUAGAUUUCGUAAUAUACCGUUCAUUCCUGCAUAAGCGCCUACAGUUUAAUUGGGCAUGAUCUGAGUUUAGUUACACAAUUAGCACAAGCUAGUUAAACAAAACUGCAUUGAAAAAACUUUCCAUUAACAUAUCGAUUUCUCAGUAUGUUAUGCUAGGCAAAUUCAUUUAAGUGAACAUCAUUGAGCUAACUGCAAAACAACAAUUCUAGAUUAGAGCUCUUAAAAUACUGCAUUUAAUUAAAAGU